UCCCUUCAAGAAACCUUGCUGUAUUUUUUGACGUGUAGAUUUUCUUCAGUGCUAGAUGAUCGAUUAUUUGGUAAUCGAUUAGUAACUGUUUGCGACACCCCUGCGAGAAACCGCCAAAAACAAUAGCUGUGUUCAAUGACUUUGAUCGAACUUGCUCGGGGUUGGUUGUACUAGCUCGUAUUUUUUGUCAACAAAUAACUGUCAAAGCUACUUCGAGCAACUCCAAGCUGCUUUCUCAAUGAACGCUCUUUUUACUCUUUUUACUAAUUUACCGGAAUUCCACGUGAAAAAAAAAAUCGCGCACUUAACAAUCCGUAUCGCUUCGGAAUUUUGCUUUUUUUUUCUCAAUGUUUACGUUUUUAAACGUCAAAAACACGAGCUACUGCGAGCUGGUUGAACUAGCUCGGACUCUAGCUUCCAACCUGUUUCGAGCGAAUCAGAGUUGGUUGGACUCGGCUCAAUGAACACAAACCCGAGCGACUCGAAGUAGGUUGGAGUGGCUCAAUGAACACCAAAAGCUGACUCGCAAGUGGUUGCAACCAAGUUCGAGCAGCUCGUUGAACACAGCUAAUCUCAGCCGGCUCAGCCUCCGAAAUGACAGCACAGAAGCAAAACAAACGUCCUGUUCAAUCGUGAAAACGGUGAAAAGUGUUUUUAAACAGCAAGUUGGUGUCGUUUUUUAUGUUGCAAAUUUGUGCUUGCCAAUUGUUUCCCGGUUUUAUUGCUCGCCCUGUGCUCGUAACUAUUCAGUGUGCCGAAUAAAUGUUGCCCUAGAAUCGUUUGCCGGUUCGCAGAUUUUGUGUUCCAAAAGAUGGACAGUUCCGUUUGUCAGAUGUACCUCAUUGCCGGAGACGACCGGCAUUUGCUGAGGGAAGGCAUUACUCUGAUCGGUUCCGCCGACAAUGACCGAUACAGCUGUAUCCGACUAUCAGAUAAGUCAAUAUGCGGCAAGCAUGCCGCCCUACGUUGGUCGUCGGAUAGUCAAGAGCUGCACGUGAUGGACCUUUGCUCGCACGAGGGAACACAGCUGGAAGGUGAAUCCGAAUCGUCAGCCCAUCACGGAAUAACGCCUCUCGAAUGGCACCGGGCAACCUGCGACGGUGCGAUCCUGUUCGGAUCAUUCAAAGCCCGCUUCGAGAGCACGUCGUCCAGAGCACGGAAACGAUCGGCGUCGUUCUUUGACGAUUCUUGCGAUAUCGUCGAUUGCAGUUUGGAGGAAGCUCCACAAACCAAAUCACGAACAGAACCAAGGAAAAUUGUUCAAUCAAACUCAUUGCCAAAUGGCUCAAUCAGCCAAGUUCCAGAUACUACGAAUAACACUAGUUUCGUGAUCCCGGCAACGCAACCUGCAGACGGUUCUAUGAAAAACGUCUCAAUUCGUCAGCAAGCCAACGAAAGUCAGUUAGCUGUUGGUGGAAGGCAGACAACCGAAGACGACGACGACGACGAUGACAUGUUCUACAUCCCGGAAACCCAGGAACAGAACCAGAAUUCAGUGGCCGAUGAGUCGCAAAUCAUCGAACCGAUAAGCGGAUUGGUAGGGCGGAGUGGUAAAGAGGAUGACGAUUUCCUAAGAUUCGAAACCAUGGAUGACGAAAACACGGGAGAUGGAAUGUUCAACAACCCGUACGUUGAGCAGUCGCAGAACUUGUUGCACAAUCUGGACGAAUCGUACAAACGGGAUAUGGCCGGUGCUGAGCAGCGUAAGUCCGUUCUUCCAGAUCGGUCCGUGGAUUCGAUAUCUUUUCAGGGUAAGCUGCCUGCGGAUACGACGGAUGAUGAGCUGAGUAAGAUUGAGUGGAACGAGACCAAGAAUACGGAUCAGGAUCAGCAAGAUCGGGAAGGAUCGGUAACGCCCGAACUGGAAUUCGAUAAACCAGUGGCGACCACUGUAGUUCGCAAUCCAAUACUAGAUACGGAGGAACCACGCGUUGAGUCGGUCACUCCGGAUUUGGAGUUCGAUCGAAUUACUCCGCAACAGAAGGAAGUGUCUGAAAACGGCUCCAAAUUGUCCUUGGUUAAGGUAACUGCUGAGGUUGAAAAACAACCCGAGGAUAGAGAGGAGUCAGUUACGCCUGAUUUGGUCUUUGAAGAGCGAGGGCAUGAAGAGGCGGAGAUAUCUCUGAAUCAGGAAGGCGCUCUUGAUCCAUAUGAUAUGGCUACUCAAGCUUUGAUACCGGAAAAGGCAGAAACGGAAUCGCUCAAAGUGCCUUCAGCGUCCCCAUAUGACCUUCUGACGCAGAAGAUGCUGGAAGAAGACAUCCAAGCCGCACGUCCCUUGCGAAAGCUUGCCAUUGGGUUGGUAAACCUUAAAUCAUCCAUGAAAGACACCUCCAUCAGGGCCAACAAACAGAUCGAACUGGAUCCGUUUGAUUUGGCCACGCAGCCUCUUCCGAAAAGCGAUCCAGUGGACAUGUAUGACCUUCAAACGCAACCGCUUCUUCAAUCCGCAGAUGACACCGUACCUAUUGACCUUCCACCGCCAUCUACCAGUAAGGUUAAACGGAAGUCAUCAUCCGCACGCCAACCAAAGAAACCCCAAGAGCAUCCGGAUCCGUUCGAACUGGCCACUCAACCACUUUCUGCGAACAACCCCCCUGACCACCUGUAUGACCUCCAGACGCAACUCCUGCCCGAAGAAGACAACAACGACACGAUUCCACUGGAAAUAGCCGAUCAACCGGCAGACAACGACGACGCAUAUGACCUUCAAACGCAACCCUUGCUCGCCCAACACUCCGCCUCCAGCGUCGUCGACGACCCGGAAAUGACUCAGAACUUCCGGCCCCAGGUCAACAGCACUUACCGGCAGUCACUGCUUGUGAAACAGCUGGGACCCAUCGUGGAGGAUUCCAAGGACGAUGAUGCUACUAAUAUUUCCCCAUCUUCCAACAAGGAAAAUCGGGAGGAAGUAAAUGAAUCGCGAGACCCGGAAAAACUAGCAGCCGUCAGGCUCAAGUCACACAGUCUGACGCACAGUAAGUCCCAACUCGAGGGCGAUGAGGGUCUAGACGAGGAGUACUGUCUGGCGGCCACAUUGCCGAUGGCCGAUGCUAGUAGCAAAGACUCCACGGCAUCCACGGCCUUGACUUCCAAUCCCAAGUGUAGCAAACGAUCUGACCGGAAUCAGAAGCCCCUCUUCAAAAAGCCGGACAACAGUGCCGCGUCCAGUACGAAGAGUUCGCUCCCUUCCGGAUAUGAAACGCCCCGAUCUAGACUGGCAUCAAGCAGUACCGGCACUGCGGAAACCGAUACCUUCGAUUUCAACACGCCCGAGCAUCCGCUCCUGGACGUUGUUAAGAAAGAGAAAAUCCUUGCCAUUUCUGACUUGAUCACUAGCCGCCCUUCACGGGCGGAAAGUUUGGCCAAACGCAACAAAUACAUUUUCGGCGACAGCUCCGACGAAGACGAGGACCCAACGGCGCCGAUGUUCCUCAAAGAGGACAGCAAGGUCCGCGUUAUGAAGUUCGAUGAGGACGAGAGCGUGACCACCAGUGAGGCUAAAUCCACAUCCACCGCUGUACUCCCGGAGAGAAGAUCCAAACGAAGUAAGAAAAGGAACUCCCGAUACUCGGAUGACGAAGAUGAGAAGCCCAAAAGCAAAAGUAAACCGGAACGGAUCGUAAAAAACCCACCGCCUCCACCGAAACCAGUGAAGGUAGAUGAAUCCGUAGACUACGAACCCCCGGUCAACAAGAAUACCCGGAAACGUAAGGCAGCCGAAGAGAAACCUCCGCCCGUAGUAGAUCCACCCCCUCCACCACCACCGGAGGUCAAAGCCAGCAAAUCGAAGAAGAUCGCCCCGAAAUCAGAACCCAAACCGAAGGCUGGCCCUUCGGCAACUACGUCCGAAGAGAAACCCGCCGCUCCAAAUAAGCGAUCGAAGAAAACGACCAUGGAAUCGUCGAAAUCCGUCGAAAGUGAGGAUGAGCCUGGCAGCGCAGCAUCCGGGACCGACUCGUCCAGUGGCACUCGCAAGUCGUCCCGAGCCAGCAAACCGCGGCUUAUGUUUACCAAAAUGAGUCCGGAGCCGUACAAGCGGAUGAUUACCAGGGCCGCCGCUAGAAAGAGUCAACGCUAAGUUCAAUGGCUGCUUCAAUGGAUAUGAAUAUCUUAGUGCUUCCCAGAAGCGGUCAGAUUUUUAGCUAGUUCCCAGUCGUUUUAUUCUUUUUGUUUUGUCAAACUCCACCAUUUCACAACCACUGCUUGAAUAUGUUAAGUUAUAUUUGUUGAAAUAAAAAGCACGUUUCGUUUGAUUGUCAUUGAUUGUUCAAUGGAAGAUACUAAA